AUGUCAGUUGUCGGAUUUGAUUUUGGAAACCAGAACGCAUUUAUUGCGGUUGCGCGAGCUGGUGGCAUUGAUGUCCUUAUCAACGACUAUUCUCUUCACGCAACACCGUAAGUUUUUUUAGUUAAUGAAUUGAAAACAAAGUGAAUGUCCUUGAAAAUGCGAUGAGUCAUUUUAUUAAUUAACUGUGUAAAAAAAGGUUAUCAUCAAAGUUUUUGGUAUAGUUAAGCUAAUAUGAUAUUAAGUUGAAAAAAGAGGAAGAUGAUUAGAAGGUUGAUUUAGUAGGAUGAAAUAAAGCAAAGUUGAGUGAAAGACGUUUGUAAAAUUCAAAAAAAACGAAAAAUCUAUUUGAAAAAAUUUAAAAAUGGCAAUUUUUAGAGCUGCCGUGUCUUUUGGCUCAAAGAAUCGCCAGAUGGGCGUAGCUGCUCGUCAAGGAGUGUCAACCAACUACAAAAACACUGUCCUUAACUUUAAGCAUCUAGUCGGCCGCAAAUUUGACGAUCCAGUGGUCCAAAAGUACGCCGAAUUUAUUCCAGCCCAACUAGCCAAAGGUCCAGAUGGUGAUGUCGUGUUCGACGUCAGUUACAUGGGCGAGAGACAUCAAGUUACCCCACAGCAAGUCACUGCCGCUCAUCUGACAAAGCUAAAGCAGAUAACCGAGGCUCAGAUCGGGGGCACGGUUAGUGAUGUUGUCAUCUCCGUUCCACCGUUCUGGACCAACGACCAACGUCUGGCCUUGUUGGAAGCGGGUCAAAUUGCCGGUUUGAAUGUGUUGAAGGUAGUAAAUGAGAACACUGCAGUUGGUAUUGCAUAUGGCAUUUAUAAGAAGGGAUUCUUGCCUGGUCUAGAAGAGAAACCGAAGCUGGUGGCUUUCGUUGAUGUCGGUAACUCGACUGUCACUGCCUCUUUGAUGGAAUUCAAUGAACGACAAUGUAAAGUGAAAGCUUCUGCUGCUGAUGAUCAAGUUGGAGGAUUGUUCUUUGACAAUAUUAUCAGAGAACACUUCAGAAGAGAGUUCCAGGAGAAGGUAAGGCUUGAUAUAGAUUUUUUUCAUAAUAUUUUAGAAUUUUUUAUCAUGUUUUUUGAUAUUUAAACUUAUCUUUUAUAAGUUGAAAAAUCUUUUUUUCAUAUAAAUAGGUAUUAAGUUUGAGAAUAGGUUGAAAUUAAAGCUAAUUUUGGCUUUUUUAGUACAAGAUUGAUGCCAAAACUAACCCUAAAUCAUGGCAACGACUUCUGGAUGAAUCGGAGAAGAUCAAAAAGCAGAUGUCAGCCAACAGCACUGCCAUUCCAUUGAACAUUGAAUGCUUCAUGAAUGAUAUUGACGUUAGCGCGAAAUUGGCUAGGUAAGAAGGAUAACAAUAUAAGUCAUCAAAUAGUUAAAAAGUUUUAAUAGCUCUUUGUCAAAUUUUAUUGCUUUUGGCAUUUUAGGUAUAAAAAGUUUAAAAUUUUGACGGUAGACUUGAAAUUUGUGUCACUUGAUAACUAAUUUACCAUAUUUUCAGAGCUGAGUUUGAGGAAAUGGCCGAACCUUUGUUCCAACGCAUCCGAAACGUCCUGAGCUCUUUAAUCCAACAGUCCGGGAUUCAAAAUCUUCAAGAUAUUUCAGAAGUUGAAAUCAUCGGAGGUUCUUCCAGAAUCCCAUUCGUGAAACAGAUCAUCACCCACGCCUUCAACCGCGAACCAAAAACUACUUUGAAUGCCGAUGAUGUUGUAGCCAGAGGAGCCGCCAUGCAAUGUGCCAUCCUUUCUCCAUCAGUCAAGGUCCUGGAGUUCAAUGUAAUUGACAAUGUCAACUACGACAUCACUAUCGACUAUCUGAACAAGGAAAAUCAGCCGGUAACACAACAGGUCUACAAAGUUAACGACGAAUUCCCGGGCUACAAGAACCUGCCACUUCACAAGGUGGAGCCCUUCACGAUCUCGGCCCAAUACGAACACCCAAAUCAAGUACCAUACACUGACUGGAAGCUGGGCACGUGGAGAGUGAACGGAGUCACAAAGCCAGCCGACGCCGACUACAGAGUGGUCAAAGUUCGAUUGGGGUUGAACCAUAAUGGCAUCUUUGCCGUUUCAAAAGCAAUGUUCGAGGAGAAGGUGGAAGAAGAGGUUGAAGAACCAAUGGAAACUCAAACUCAACCACCAAAGGAAGGAGAGAAGCAAGAAGGCGAUAAAGGCGAGGAAAUGGAAGAAGCACCACAAGAACAGCGGACAAAGAAGGUGAAGAAGGUGCGCAAGGUGGUCCACGAGCUCCCAAUCGAACAGCUGGAAGGACGUCUUGUCAAUCUGGCACCGUACGUUGAAUUCGAAAGACGAAUGCAACAGAAUGAUCUCAACGAGAAACUGAAGGCCGACGCCAAGAACGCCGUGGAGGAAUAUGUCUACUCGAUGCGUGACAAGCUGUGUGAACAGUUCGCUGAGUUCGUCACGGAAGAGGUGAGUUUUUGAAGGUUUCUUGGGAUUAAAAUGGCAUUUGAGUUAAUUUAGGUAUAAAAAAUUUAAAAUUUUUUAAAACUUUUUAUUUGUGUUCGAAAUGACAUUCUACUUGGAAUCCAAAUAAUCUUUCAUUUUUAAAAGCCCACCUAAUCAUGCUUAAAAUUUCAGGAAUCCGAGAAGUUCCGCGCCCUCCUCACCGACACCGAAGACUGGCUGUACGGCGAUGGCGAAGAAGCCGAACGCGACGUUUACGAGGCUAAAUUGGCCCAAAUCCGCGACGUCAUCGAGCCACCGAUCUCGAAACGUCAACGCGAAAAGCUCGACCAGGAAGAGGUGGAACGAAACCUACGCGAAGCCGAAAAGGAGUUCCAGGCCGAACAGAUCAACGAACCUCGCGUCGAAGAGCCGAUGGACACGAAAUAG